AUGUCCUCGCUUUCUCCACAGCGACCGCAGCAGCCGCGUCCGGUCCCAAAUCAUCUCCGGUCCAUUCCACCCGUCAAUCCUUCUCCUCGGUUCCUCCAAGGUCCCCUUCCGACGAUUCCUACGUCUUACAACACUGGUGCCAGGGGUGCUUUCCAAGGCUCCACACCAUCCAGGGAGCGAAGCGACAGCACCUUUUCUGCUGCCUCAUCUUCUGUGCUUUCUUCUUCAGAGACAUGCAGUGUAUUCUCAAAGACAACAUCGCCAUUCUAUGGCGAUGAGACAUCUUCAGUGCGCACUUCAUCAACACGACCGUCGUCCGCCGAGAGUCAAUCCGCCACCUCGAAGCAACAGCAAGCUCCUCCGGCGCGACCUCCCAAGAGCCCCAUUCGCGCCCUGGUCGAUUUGCCCCCGGUCUCAACGCCUGUCUUCACAAUCGACGCACACCCGUCCACGGAUCGCGCUCCAACUUCAAUUGCAACGAGCAGAAGAACAUCAUCCUUCUCUCUCGGUAAGCUCAUGAGCCGCUCGCCAAGCAACAGCUCCGUCCUUUCCUUGAGGGACAAGUACCAUGCCCUCGGUUCUUCGUCCACUGUCUCGCUUGCGACUGCCAGCGAUUGCCCGGCCUCGCCAAGCCUGUGUGCAGACAACAGCAGUCAUGUGAGACGAUCUUCCUCCUUCAGGCUCAGCCAGAAGCUUCGCAGCAAACUCGCGUUCAAACCCACGUCUCCCAGCUUGUCGAUGCACUGCCCCCCAACCCCAGACGAUGUGCCCAUCACACCUACUUCAUCAGACAGCCUCAACAUAAAGACCUCAUUUGGGGCACAACAGCAGCGCUCUUUCUCGUCCCGUAUUAAAUCGUUCCACCCGCACUUGGGUGAUGCCGACGAUGCACACUCUUUCUUGCCCACGCUUGGCAAAAAGGAGGCCAUGCUGUUCCACCUCAUCCCUUCGCCUCCUCCUACAGCUUCUUCGGGUUCCUUUACUUCAUCUCCACCUCUGUGA